AUGGCUGUUCAACUAUUGGGUGGACGGAAUUGCUCGAUUUGUGCUCGUUUACGUCAUCACGUUGCCACCCCACAAAAGACCGGACGUAAAUACACAGUCAGUGUAGCACUACCUGGCUCGAUCAUAGAAAAUGCACAGUCCGUCGAGUUGAAAACUUAUUUAGCUGGACAAAUAGCACGUGCUCUAGCUAUAUUUAAUGUAGAUGAGGUGGUCAUAUUUAAUGAAUCAAAACGUGAUGAUUCCCUUGCCACCACCGGUAAAAUGGGAAAGGAUAGAAGGAAAGGAGGCGAAGAGGUCAAUAAUGUAUCGAGUGAUCCUAAUAUUUUUUUGGCCAGGAUUUUACAGUAUCUGGAGACACCUCAAUAUCUACGGAAAACUUUAUUUCCCAUGCAUAAGGACUUGAAGUAUGCUGGUCUGCUCAAUCCACUAGACAGCUCGCAUCAUUUUCGUCAAGAUGAGAAAAGUCCUUAUCGUGAAGGUGUAGUGAUCGAGAAACUUCCUAAAGAUGGUCAAGGUUCUUUAGUUGAUGCUGGUCUAACAAAACAUGUGAAAAUCGAUCGUUCGUUAAAACCUGGAAUUCGGGUUACUUUAGAUAUGGGGAACUAUGAUGUCAGCAAAGUUAAUAAUAGUUAUAUUCAAGCCGAAGUCGUCUCACCAAAGACACCUCGUGAAGAAUUGGGAUUAUAUUGGGGCUAUCAAAUUCGAUUAGCUGACUCCAUUUCAAAGGUUUUCACAGAGUGCGCAUAUCUGGAUGGAUAUGAUGUAACUAUUGGCACAUCCGAACGUGGAAAUCCAAUUGAUCAAGCUUUAGAACAAAUGCCUGAAUUCAGACAUCUGCUGGUUGUUUUUGGUGGUUUGGGUGGUCUCGAGAUAGCAAUUGACUCUGAUCAAGACCUAACGUGUACCGGUGAAGAAGCGGAUGCUCUUUUCGAUUUAUGGAUCAACACAUGUCCAAAUCAAGGAAGUCGAACAAUAAGAACUGAGGAGGCUAUAUUGAUUAGCAUGGCAUGCUUACGACAAGCUAUUACUGAAAAGGGAAAAAAUUCCAUUUAG